AUGGGCAUCAUCUCCAGCUGUUGCUCCCACGAUGCCAGCGUGGAGGCAGAGGAGAACAAGUCGACGAUGAAGAAGGAACCGUCGCCGACCAAAGCAGACGCCACGGAAAUGGCCGUGCCGCCUGCAGCCUCCCGGGAGAAAGAGCGGAUGGUCGAGAAGUCCGCCAAGGUCACAGCGAGCGGCUCCGAAUAUGAGAUUACCCUGGACAAGAGCACGGGUAAAAGGCUGGGCAUCGAUGUGGAUCACAAGGAUGGAAAGACAUUGCUGAUUGAAUGCAUCAAUGAAGGUCUGGUGAAGGACUGGAACGACACGGCACCCGACGAGACGAAGGCUUGGGCGCUGGUUGUUUCCGCCGACCCUGUGGCCGAGCUUUCUGCGGCGGUGCUGCACGCUGGGCUCCGGGCAGAGGUGGUAGCUCCAGCGACUGCACUCAGCUGCAUCGGUCGAUUGCCGGGCCGGCUGGCAGUGGUUCUGGCGCAGUCACCCGAGAAGGACUUCCUCCGAACCCUGCGAAGAGGUCAUGGUCAAGUCUUCACCAUUGCAAUGGACGAGGCUUUCGCCCGCUGCCCGGCUUCGCGGCUAGCUGCUUUCGAUGCGGGAGCCCGCAUGGUCACCUCGUCGGUCGCUGCUGUAAGGGAAGCACUGGCCAAGGUCUCUGCGGUUUUCAGCAGCGCCGGGCCUUUCGCUUGCACGGCAUGCGGACUCGGCCCGCUGUCGGAGAAUGCCCUGCACUUGCACAUGCACUUCCACCAUGCCGUGGACGCAGUGCCGGAGGAUUCGUGCCCGAUUUGCGCAGAGCGGCCGUCGAAUUUGGCGGUUCACCUGCACAACAGCCAUGGCCCGCCCACAGAGCGGGAGCCGCCACGGGCUCCCUAUGCGACCUUCGCAUGGUGCGUUUGCCGUCGACUCGACGGUCGGUUUCUGCUCGUGAACGAGCCCUCGGGAAUCGCCGGGGGCCGACCCAACUUCUGGUUGCCUGCCGGCCGCGUCGACCGAGGAGAGUCGUUGCAGGAGGCCUGCCGGCGUGAGGCAUUGGAGGAAGCCGGCAUCUCUGUGAAAGUGACAGGGCUCCUGCGCCUGAUGGUCGACAGCCACCAGACUCUGCGCGCGGUCUUCUUGGCCGAGCCCGAGGACGAUGCCCACGCCGAGCCGAAGAGCGUUCCCGACUGGGAGAGCGUUGGUGCUAUGUGGGCAGAGGUAGCGGACAUCCAAAAGUUGAAGGAGUCCGACUUCAGGAACCCGGAUCCUCAGGAGCUGUAUCCCAAAGUGGCAUCUGGAAGCCUGAAGCCACAGCCGGUUGACACCAAGGAGUUCGUGGCUCUGGAGGCGCUGAUCCGACGGCUGACAGCUGGCGACCGGAAGGCUCCGCGAGAGCUGGAGGGCCUUUGGAGGAGUGUGCAAGCUGCCUAUCCUCCGGCUGUCUUCACGCGAGCUUGA